AUGUUUAAACUUUCAAUUUAUAUCCUAUUGGCUUUUUUGCUAGUGGGAACUGUUUAUUCACAACAACAAUGUUUAGAUAAUGUUGUUUCUUAUACCGACCAAGAUAGAGCCAACAUUCCAGCAUCUUUCGAUGCCAGAACACAAUGGCCAAAUUGUAUUUCACCUGUUAGAGAUCAAGGAAGUUGUUCAAGUUGUUGGGCUAUGACAUCAUCAUCUAUUCUUGCUGAUAGAUUAUGUAUUGCCUCUGGUGGAGCUAUCAAGAAGUUACUAUCGCCACAAUAUAUGGUGGAUUGCGCCAAGAACUGUAAGACAAACAGUCAAUCGGAUUGCAACUCUGGUUGUAAAUUCGGUUUCCUCGAUAUCUCGAUGGAGUAUCUAUCGAAUGGAAUCUCCGCAGAAUCAUGUCUUCCCUACAAGGAAUCGGAUGCAACCUGUCCAUCGCAGUGUAAAGACGGCUCGCCAAUCCAGCUGUACUACGGUUCCGGCUGUAUCAGUAUUGGCAACCUGAAGGACGCGCAACUCGAGAUCAUGAAGAACGGCCCGAUCCUCGCUGUCUUCCAGAUCUUCACUAGCCUCUACAAUAUCGGCAGUGGAUUGUACCGUGGCACUGGCGACCCAGCGGAAGGACAUGCCGCACGUGUCAUUGGCUGGGGCGAAGAAAACGGUACACCCUACUGGUUGGCACUCAAUUCGUGGGGCACCGAAUUCGGUAUGGACGGUGCAUUCAAGGUGCCAAUGGGUGAGAAUAUCGCCGGUUUCGAAUCGCAGCUACUCUCUGUCAAGCCAAACGUCGAUGCUUCGCCAAAGGGUGCCGACGCCAACUGGAACGGUGGAUCGACACCGAGCACCGGAGACAACAACAGUGGCAACUCUGGAAGUGGUAACACAGCCAGUCAGAUUCUACAGCCAAUCUCGAUCGUCUUUAUCCUAAUCACUUUACUUUCAUCGGCAAUCGUAAUGUUUAAUUAA